GGUCUCUACCGACCUCGUGCUAGGAUCGGCUCAGCAUGAGGUUUUCGAGAAGGUCUUGUCGUCGGUCUUGCCCUCUUCACCCGUCGUCGUGGAUGGUGGUCGUGAGGAGUGUGCGAUCUCUCGGCUUCGUGCGAACCCCCCAGAUCCGAUCGUGUCGUCCUAUGACCGCAGGCCCCCUCGACUCGACGUCGCCAAUGACUGAGGGCACGACGCUAUUUGGGGGAUCAAGACUUGGACUGGCCCCGAUAUGUCUGUCGUCCAUCCCCGGCUCACCACUCUACCAGCUGAGAACAUCGCAUCUCAACCCGACAGAAUCGAGACCGACUUAGUGCCGCCCACCAUCGAGGGGUGGAAGAUCAUCAUCCCGGGCGUGGUGCUGAUUCUUCUCACCGCACUAUGGACUUACAUGCGACUCUGGAGCGCUAGGCGCAAUGGCCGCGGGAUUCUAAUCGAGGACUGGCUGAGCCUUUGUGCCACGGCGUUAUUCUACGGCGUGGUGGCCACGGAUUUCGCCAUGGUUUUGGCGGGCGGUAUGGGACAUCACGCCGAACAGCUGCAGGAUUGGCAUGUGGUGUGGCUCCUAAAGGCUGCUUAUGCCCGCCAAUUUCUAUAUACAAUUUCGCUGGGCCUCAUCAAACUGAGCGUCAUUCUGAUGUUCAUUCGCGUAUUCUUUGCUCGCCGCCUCAAGCCUAUUCCUGUGGCCACUAUUAUUCUCACAAUUGCCUGGGUGGCUCUCACCUUACUCCUCGAGAUGCUGCUCUGCCAACCGAUCUCGACGAACUGGGACCCCCGAGAAAUGACCCGAGCAGGCAGAUGCGGCGACCGGAUAGCCGCAUUCGUGUCAAUGGGCAUCGUGGAUAUCAUCAAUAAGCUCAUGAUCCUGAUGCUUCCGGUCCCUACGCUUCUGGAGGUAGGAGUACAAAGGCAUUACAAAAUUGUCACGACUUGUAUGUUCGUUAUUGGCAUCCUAUCGAUGGCUUUUGGUAUAAUCCGCGUAUACACGGCCUUUCAUAUCGAUUUCUCCGACGUAUCGUAUACGAUGGUGCAGACGACCAUAUAUGGCACAGGGGAGGUCGGAGUGGCCGCUGUCGUGUCUAAUAGUGCGCACCUACGGCCCGUCUUCGACUGGCUGCUAGGCCGAUUCUGGAUCCCGGAUAACUCGACCUGGCAAGAAAGCAACGGCGAGGCCGUCUUAUCGCCGCUGAGCUUGAGACGCAGCACCAAAUCGAGCGGGUUCACGCAGAUGAAGGACGAGUCGCAGCAGGAGCUUGAGCUGGGCAACAUGGGAGCCCACCGAGCUAAACGCAACACAGUCGUCACGGUAGGCAAGCGGCCGUCCUGCGACCACAGCGACGACAGCUCUAUUCGCAGGAUCGUGGUGACGAGCGAGACGAUCGUCAGUAGAGACAACGGAGCGCUCUGAUUCCGGCCCAGUUUUCUCGAGAACCUUCUUUUUUCACUCGAAUUAUACGACUGCUCAAGCCCCUGAAAAUACGAGCGAUUGACGAGGCCGACUGUGUAUACGAUACAACUGCUUACCGUCCUUCUCAUAAGACGGAGCUCGAGCCAUGUCUAUAAUUGUGUCUCACGGGCCGGACGGCUUCGGGCAUCCCGGCAAUUUGAAACAUAUAUUUCAUGCCACACCUUAGCGAUAGGCGUUUCCGAACAAUGCCUCGAAGUCCUGCGCAGUAGCAGAUACGAGAGACGCUGCGAGAUAUUACCGCGACCCCUAUUAGCGAGCUAGCAUACGACAACCUGCCUUGAUUUAAGGGAAGGAAGGGGAACAUAUUCAACCCCACCGUCGAGUAGCCUACCAUGCAUCCACACACAUCAAUCUUUGAUGGGAUACGCUGGUUGGCAUGCGCUGUUUAGCUAACAGCGCAACUACGUGAUAUCACGAGCUCCGGAGGGCGUGGGGGGUUAUUCUAUAGCCUAUGAUGCGAACCGAUCGAGCUUGGACGAAGAUCACGAUUCACGUUAUGGUUGGUGCCAUGCCUACAUAUAUUCAUGAUAGAAAGCCAGGUAGGGUAGAGUA